CAUCUUGAACUGAAACUUGGAAAAACCAAACUGGAUUUAGAGUUCCUGAAAAGUUGUAAGAGACACUCAGUGAUACCCCGGUUUCUAUGGUUUAAAGUCGCUAAUCGACGUCUGCGAAACUCGAGUGCAUAUCGGCAGUGCCAAAACAAAUUACUAAAAGACGAAAUUAUCGCAAAACAUGCUAGAAGUCGUGUGUUAUCAUCACAAGUGACAGUCGCGCAUUCCAACCUAGCCUCGCAUGUAUCAUCAAUCGAUUUCAUCCACCUAAAGAGUGUGUCCGAUCGUGAAAACACUAAGAAAUUGAGUCAACACCAACGGAUUCAAGAUCGCAAACUAUUUCGCCUGUGUUCCGAAGCAAAAAAUGACAGUUCCAUUGAUCCGAAUAGCGUG